AGGAUCAACCGGGAGCCCACCAAGGGUGGGUUUGAUGGGUCAGUGAGGCGACGGUCGGGAAAGCCCUAAUCCCGUCCACCGUCGAUCGCGCCAGUUCAACUGAUUAACACCACCAUGGAUGACUGGUAGAAGCAGGAUGACUGGCAGAAGCAUCUCAGGCGGAAUAAUGGCCAGUAGUGCUUCCCUGGCCGUCUGUCAUCAACAAGCAACGAGCGAUGGUCUAUCGCGACUGACCCAGCAGCACGAGGAGCACGAUUCCCUGCAUGACGGGGUCGCCCAAACUCUCCCGGGAUCCCUGCAAGGGAUGGUAAGCUGCAUGGCGUCGUCCAACCAGACACUUAUUCCCUCGCCGUCUACCCCUCAUUCGCCUAUUCUGUUCCAGACGCUCCAUUCUCUCUGACCGACUAUUCGAUGAUGCAUCCAUAUUUCAUCGACCAACGAAUGGAUCCGGAGGUGCAGACAUCUCCGGCUCUGACUGUGUCCGCUCCCAGCUGAGCACACCUACCAUUGCCGUCCAAGCUCCCAAGACCUUCAAACCUCAAAAAAUCUAGCUCGAGAAAAACCUAUCUACGCUCCUGCGAGAGACACUGCCCC